AGGACGCGAUUUUGCACGCGCGCCCCACGGUCUUCCCUCGGGCUUCCCGCAUUGCCCCCCAAGUGCGUGUGCGAGUAUGUGCGCGUUACUCGUCGGAUAGUUAACGCCGUUAAAAAAACGCUCGUGACAUUUCGAGUCCUCAUUGCGAGAGUAUCAACGAUUUUUAUAUAUCAAAUCAAGUGGCAAGUUUUUUUUUGUACUUUGAAAAAGCGCAGAAAACAACAAGCAAUCUGUGUGUCUGUGUACAUUGGGUGUGUGUGCGUGUGCGUGUGCGUGCGCGCGUGUACAGAAGUCCGGAAAAUAGCAAGUGACAGCUCGUGCAGCAUCAAACAGUUUUAGAAAGACAAAUUGUUGACAGAAAUAAAGAAAUGAAACGAACCGAUCAUGACGACCACGAGCGGCAAGGUCCGCCGCCUUUCCGGGUGCUUCCUGACACCGCUUAUCUGUCGCCGAUUGUGCCGACGCCGCCUCCACCACGAGCGCCCGAGCCUUACAAAGUCGUCCCGUCGGCAACCAGAACGCAGCGACGAUCAACUAGUUUCGUAAUUCUCGCCGAGUCCAGACCGAUCAGCCCGGAAUCCGGUAACGUCUCCAUCUUGCCCGCAGGUAGAAUCUCGCCCUUCCGCGGACGCGGAUUCAAAGAACCACCACCCCGCUCGGUGUCGAGGCCGCAGUCCCCGGAAACCACCGCGAAUGAACACCGACGCGGAAGAGUCGAGCGAAGAGCUUCGGCGUCGGAACAGAGUAAUUCUAGAAAGAGCUUGAUACCGCAGCCAACUUAUCGUCAACGUUCCACUUCAUUGACAAAGGUCAACGAGCAGUCGUCGUCGUCGUUGUCGUCGCAAAAGACCAAUCGCCGAGCCGAUUCGAAAACGCAACAACUGAACAACUCUAAAUCACGCCUGAACGUUUCCGGUUUGCAAGGUCGACCGAACGCGUCGUCCGACUCAAAAACUCAAUCGAACGACUCGAGAACACGUAUGAGCAAGAUCGAUUAUUCUCGGAGUCGUCCGUUUGCGGAACCGAGAACUCGCUUCAUAUCCAAUUCGACCAGCAAUCUCAACUCAACGACAACGACGCGCCGAAAACAAACGACGACGAAAUCAUUGACAAAACUCUCGCCGAUCCAAGGCACUCCGACGAAACAGGAAAAAACAAUUUCCGAGUCGAACGCGAAAGGAAGAAUAUCUUCGAGAAUAUCGUCUCCCACAAAAACACCAAUGAAAUAUUCGCAAAAGAACGCGACCGGUUCGAAUAAAAAUGAGAAUAAAAAUUUCAACAACAACAACAACAACAACAACAACAACAAGGAACGCGUUGUUUCGCCAUCGAAGAUACCGGUAAAAACGAAUAAGACGAACGGUUCUUCCGUCAAGUCGGCCGAACAACCUAGCCAAACGUUACAGAUCGAACUUGUUGAAUCGAAAGACAAAAAUCUGAUAAAUCUGCUCAAACAAACUGCCACGAACGCGAACAGCACGUCUAGCGAACGUCUGGUGAACACGACGACGACGACAGCCGUGCAACCGCUGCAAAUUGACGCGGUUAACGGUGUUUUAACGGAACGUAACGACGGUAAUCCGUCAAAUUCAAAAGAACGAGCGGAAGUAACGUCCAAAUCGUCCGCGUCCAAAGACGCUUCGCCAGUUCCUAUUGCAACGCAGUCGGGUUUACCUCCGACGACUCAGAAUUCCACGUUACUCGAAAAUCAAUCGGCCAAGGCGAGCACUUCCGCGAGUUACAAGAAAGACGGGCCCAAACCAAACGCCGACGGAAGAGCUUCGGGAAGCCAAUCGACGGCCAAGCGACGGGAAGAUCAGGAACUGAAUUCGACAACUUCGACGGAGAUGUCUCAUCAGAUCAAGAGCGACUCGACUUUCGAAAGAAAAAUGGCGGCGAAUCGCGAAACUUCGGAGACCAAUAAGACGCUACCUAAAGUGAUGGAAAAUAAUCCGCAGAUUGUUGCGAAUCAGGAGAGAAAAACUGUUGCGGCAACGGCGAAGACAAACGACGCGACGAUGGCGGACAAAGCUGCGAGCAGCAAUAACAAAGAGAAUUCGGCGACAGACGCGGAAAAGACGAGUGUGAACAGUAAAGGUGUUUCGUCCAAAAACGGAAUUCGCGGCAGUCAAGGAUCGUUGGGAUCCACAGGCGUGUCCGUGGACUCUAUAAUGAGUUAUAAGUCCACAGACACGGGAGUUAGCUUAAAUACGUUUGUAAGGGUGUCCUCGCCGAGAGAGAAAGUGGGCGUGCACGUGAUGAAGCGGCCGCAGGAAAUCAAAACGCUCAGCGGCGACAUUGUUCGCGAAGAAGACAGGGAGUCCGAAAAGAAAAGACGAUUCAUGGCUUCCGACGGACUGAAGCAACGCAUGAGAUUGCCAUGGUGGAGAAAACAGAGAUCGAGAUUGCGGUUGUGGUGGAUAGACUGGCGGAAUAAACGAGCGCAGCGACGUCCCACCAGAAUAACGUUUGAAAAAACGAAGACAAUAACUGAUAUUCCACCGCCUGCUGCUGCUGCUGCUGCUGCUACACCUCGGUCGAUUGGAUGUCGCGUGUGCUGUUGUCGUAGACGCGCGUCGGACAAUCCACCCGCGGAGGAACCGGAGAUUAAGUUACCGAAUCCUUUAGUAGAACACAACUCCCACAUGCGUGGGGCUAUUCCUUGUCUGCCACUUUUUCUCGCCUGGUUCUGCCUAGUGUGGAAUGUUCUAUUACCAGGCACCGGAACUAUUUGGAGUGGUUUGUUUAAUCUGUGCUUCGGCCAACCGAGAUUCUCUCCAGUCGCCGGAAUUAAGUCACGACUGGGCGCCUUUAUUAUUAAUCUUGUUGUGGGCAUAUCCCAAAUGUUUACCGUUCUGUUCUGCUUUGUUGGAUGGGGUUGGAGCAUUUGGUGGGGUAUCACUAUGAUUCGCUUAGCCAGGAAGUACAAGCGAUUCAAGGUUUUCGAAGCCAAUCGAAACGAUGCCGAAGCCAGAGCAGGUGAUCCAGUUGCUCCUGGAGUGCCAACUGAAGUUCUACGAGGAGUAGAAAAAGGACGUUGACCAUUUUGCAGCGAGGUCCAGCUGAAAAGUGAUUUUACUGGCCGCUUAUGCGAUGAUAAUAUUAACCUCUUGCGUUGCUAUCGUGUUAUCUGCGAGACGGCGUAUUAUUUACGAGAAAAAACUUUAUAUCAAAUCACAUCUCAGACGUGGUAUUGGUCAGCAGCCGCGGUAAAUAACUGUGCGGCCGCGCCAAUUAUAAAUACUAACGCAAGGAGUUAAUAUUAAUUAUGUUUGUUAUUGCGUAAAAGUUGUAUUAUUAGUGCAUCUCGUGUGUUCACUUUACACUGUGUACGUUCGUAUAUUAUUUGUUGUGUCUUUUUUUAAAAUUAUAUGUCAUUUUAAUUUAGUAACUGGGAUAAGAUGGGAUAAGAUAAAGAAUGCAUUUUCCUUCAAAAUAGUCAUAACUCCUACAUUAAUUAAAUAAAAAAAAAAAAAACAAAAUUUCGCACAAAGAAACUUAA